AUGGACGCCAUGAGCUACGCUCUGCGGAAAGCAGCUCAGUCCCCAUUUUCGAGUGAAAUUGAGCAAGCCGAAAUGCCGGACAGGUUUGCCCGCCCACCGUUCAAUUGCUAUGAUGGGAAGACUGAUCCGGUAGAACACGUCAGCCAUUAUAUUCAGAUGAUGUCUUUGCAUACUCAUAACGAUGCGCUCAUGUGCAAGCCAGUAGACGCGCUCCUGUCAAUGAAAAUGAGGGCGGGAGAGACCCUCCGUAGUUACGCCAGUCGAUAUUGGGAGCUAUACAACGAGAUCGGCAGGGAUAACGAAAGGGUGGUGGCAAGCACAUUUAGAAUGGGGUUGCUUGAGGAUUCAGGGCUACGAGAGUCAUUGACCAAAAAGCUGCCCGAAGGCAUGCGACAACUUAUGAAACGCAUUGAGGAAUACAAACGAUUAGAAGAUGACCGGCUACAGAGUAAAGGCAAAGCACCGAUGAUGACUCGUCCUCGGCAGGUAGGUUUCCCAUUCAGGCCCUGUGGGGGUCCGGCGAUUCAAGAACCGACCACAUAA